GGCGCUGGGCGCCCGCGCUGCGCGGCGAGCGGCGGCCACCACGGAGGAGCGGCGGCGGCGGAAAAGUUUUGGUGUGGGGGGCAAGAGGCGCGGAGGGGGAUUAUGAUCGGUGCCGGCGAGGGAUUCCCAGACACCACCAGGCUGGCUGCAUCCAGUAGAUAGCUGGUAUGAGGACUUUGCUGUCCGAAGAAAGCUGAUUGCAAUACCAACAGACUUCAGUGAAAGGAAUUAUUGUCCCACCACGCAAUUCACAUACAGACGGCUUUUGGUAGCUUUAAAUUACCUGUUGCUCACCUGCAAAGACACAACUAUUGUUUCUUUCAGCACACAUGGAGGAAGGCAACAAAGUUUGUAACCCUGGCUGAUUAGACUGUGGCUUUCUUAUAAGAAAUAGGAGGUAGGCAAAGAUUAUUUUAUACUUAGGCUUCAGGACUUUAUCUCUAGCCUGAACACUGGACAUAAACUAAAGCCAAUUCUAAUGACCUGAGAUUUUGCUACCUGUGCUUUAUUACUGUUAACAAUUCUUUAAUAAUUUGGUACUUUAUUUCUUUAAAUUAGAAAUGGGAUCGUGGACUAGAAUGUGGCCCACAGAUGGGGCUGUUCUCAUGAAAUCAUGGCUUAUCUUUUCCCUGGGGCUCUACAUGCAGGUCUCCAAAACUUUGGCCUGCCCAAAAGUGUGCCGUUGUGACCGAAACUUUGUCUACUGUAAUGAGCGAAGCUUGACCUCAGUGCCUCUUGGGAUACCAGAGGGUGUAACCGUCCUCUACCUCCAUAAUAACCAAAUUAAUAAUGCUGGAUUUCCUGCAGAGUUGCACAAUGUCCAGUCUGUGCACACGGUCUACCUGUAUGGCAACCAAUUGGAUGAAUUCCCCAUGAACCUGCCCAAGAAUGUCAGGGUUCUCCAUCUGCAGGAAAAUAACAUUCAGACCAUUUCUCGGGCUGCCCUAGCUCAGCUCUUGAAACUGGAAGAGCUGCACCUGGAUGACAACUCCAUCUCUACUGUUGGUGUUGAGGAUGGCGCAUUUCGGGAAGCUGUCAGCCUCAAGCUUCUGUUCUUGUCCAAGAAUCAUCUAAGCAGCGUACCAGUAGGCCUUCCAGUGGACUUACAAGAACUUCGAGUAGAUGAAAACCGAAUUGCUGUCAUUUCAGACCUGGCUUUCCAGAAUCUUACCAGUUUGGAGCGUCUGAUUGUGGAUGGCAAUCUCCUUACUAAUAAAGGCAUAGCUGAAGGCACCUUCAGCCACCUCUCCAAGCUCAAGGAAUUCUCAAUAGUACGAAAUUCACUGACCUACCCUCCUCCUGAUCUUCCAGGUACACAUCUACUAAGACUGUACUUGCAGGACAACCAGAUAACCCAUAUACCACUUACAGCCUUUUCAAAUCUCCACAAGCUGGAGCGUCUUGAUAUUUCCAACAAUCAGCUUCGGAUGUUGGUAAAAGGGGUAUUUGAUAACCUCCACAACCUGAGGCAACUCACUGUGAGGAAUAAUCCCUGGUUGUGUGACUGCAGUAUUAAAUGGGUCACUGAAUGGCUCAAAUUUAUUCCUGCUUCCAUUAAUGUACGGGGUUUUAUGUGCCAGGGACCAGAACAGGUCCGAGGUAUGGCAGUCAGGGAGCUCAAUAUGAAUAUGUUGUCAUGCCCCACCACCACCCCUGGUCUGCCAUUUGUCAUCACCCCAGCCUCAGCUACAACCAUGCCAACAACAUUGGUUCCCACCUCAUCAGUUCCUCCCCCAAGUAGCAAAUAUAAUCCUCUCACUCCCACCAUAACCACGCUCCCCACUGUGCCUGACAGGGAGGACAGAGAAAAGGUGACACCUCCCAUAUCUGAACGGAUUCAACUCUCCAUCCAUUUUGUGAAUGACACUUGCAUCCAAGUUAACUGGAUGUCUCUUUUUACCGUGAUGGCAUAUAAACUCACAUGGGUAAAAAUGGGCCAUAGUCUGGUAGGAGGAAUUGUUCAGGAGCGAAUAGUUAGUGGUGAGAAGCAACACUUAAGCUUGAUAAAUCUAGAGCCUAAGUCCACGUAUCGGAUUUGUUUGGUUCCACUGGAUGCUUAUAACAAUUACCGAACUGGAGAAGACACUGUCUGUUCGGAAGCCACAACCAAGGCUUCCUAUUUAAACAAUGGCAGCAACAUCCCCUCCAGCCAUGAGCAGACGACUUCUCAGAACCUGGGCUCCCCAUUUCUGCUGGCAGGGUUGAUUGGGGGUGCAGUCAUUUUUGUCCUCGUGGUCCUGCUCAGCAUUUUUUGCUGGCAUAUGCACAAAAAGGGGCGUUACACCUCCCAGAAGUGGAAAUAUAACCGAGGCCGUCGGAAAGAUGACUACUGUGAGGCAGGGACCAAGAAGGACAACUCCAUCCUGGAGAUGACGGAAACCAGCUUCCAGAUUGUCUCCUUAAAUAAUGAUCAGCUCCUUAAAGGAGAUUUCAGACUGCAGCCCAUUUAUACCCCAAACGGGGGCAUUAACUAUCCAGACUGUCAUAUCCCCAACAACAUGCGAUACUGCAACAGCAAUGUCUCAGAUCUGGAGCACUGUCAUACGUGAUAGUGAGGGGAGAUGGGGGUACCUAGGACAAAGAGCAAAAACUCUGGAAAAAGUAAACCCUCCAAUAACAAUGAAAAAAUUACAUUUGAUAAAUGUUACACAGAUGCAUUUAUGCAUUUGAAUACUCUGUAAUUUAUACGGUGUACUAUAUAAUGGGAUUUAAAAAAAGUGCUAUCUUUUCUAUUUCAAGUUAAAUGCAAAUGGUUUUGUAACUCUUUGCUUUUUAAAUCUUUAAAAAAUAUUGCUAAGUACUGUACAGGGUUGUACAAUAAGAACCCAAUGUCAUGGUAAAGGAAAGAAUGGCUCAUUCUUCAAACAUUAACCACUUUGCUGUCGAAGCUGUCUGAGGGAUCUAAGUUCCUAGGUAUCCCGUAGUACAGGAAAAUAAGUGCAUAUUAAAACAGGGUCACUAGGAGUAGACAAAGGCAAUUCAGAUCAAAUGGGUACAACUCUUGACUCAAACACAUAAGUUGCUGUUGAGCUUCAAAGAAUUUGAAAUAAUUCUGUUCCCUUUUGUCAGUUCUCUGUUUCCUACCUCCAAGUAAAAGCUGGAGUUCUGAGUGUACUAGAAUGACUGUCUUUGGUUUGAUUAGUUUUUCUGUAAUAUACUUGGAGUAGGAAAGGUAGGCAGAACUCAGUGUCAAAAUCAAAGUGACCUUGAUUCCUAUUUGCAAAAGCUACUCUAAAAAUGUCCCCCCAAAGUAUAUACUUUUAUGUUAGAAUCUAUUUAUGCUUUUCAUUACGAUUAAGAAGCUUUAGGCAUUCUCUGACCCUUCCCAGUGGGAGAUGGAGGUUAUCAGUAUGUAACAGAUAGCUGUCAUUAACUUGCACCUCUCUUUAAUAGAGCAGCAUUUGUUAACACAGCAUGUUCAGGUAAGGCCUGAAUGAGGGAAAUUCUCAGCUCUGUAGAAUCCUUUUAGAAUUUGCAAUCUAAAAGUGCAAAUUACUGAAAACAUGACACAAAUUAUGAUGUCAAUGGAAAGGAUGCCAUUUACUUUUAUGGUUCAAGCCCUGUUUGAUCUGGGUUAUGUUCAGUACAGAGAAAUAAGGAAAACAAAGAAACCAAUAAACAGAAAACAAAGAAGAAAGAGAUUAAAAAAAAAAAAUACUGGAAAGGCUUCCAGACCUAUUAUGAACUGAAAUAUAUUCAGCAGGGGAAAUUAUGUAUAAGUUCUGUUGUUUUUUUUUCUUUUUUUUCCCCCCAUGGAAUGUAUUGAGAUGGACAUUAACUAAGCAUCUGAUCAGCUUAGGAAUUUUGAGAACACAAGUACAUGCUGUCCCUCCAAAUCUCCAAAUUACCCUUCUUUUAUCUUAAGCUUUUUGGAAGUUUUCCACAGUGAUCUGUACUUUUAAAGCAGUAGGUGGGCUUAGAAUUUGCUCUUUUAUUCCCUCAAAUUCUUCAGCUGGAAUCACUUCUGAGUCCUUGAGCUUUACAUACACUAUGCAAAACAUCAUGCUUAUAUUAAAAUCAUGAUGCUGCUCUCAAAAUUAUAUAAAGUUCCAACAAAUCUGUGGCUGCAAAAGACCUGUAUUUCUUGCCAGUUCAGUGGUGAAUAUUAAUUCCCCCCCCCCCCCCCCCCCAGUUUGUUUGUUUUUUAAUGUGUCUCACUUUCUCCUGAGUUUGGGAACAAAGCAAAAAUUCACAACAAGGAGGAAAAAAGAGACAAAACUUUCCUGCGGGAGUAGGGAACCAAAGAGGAAACUUUUUAUGGUAAUCAGCUAGGGACAAGGAAAAGUCAUUAGAAUAAACUGGAAGUAAGGGCUGAAGCACUGUCACUAUGGAAUGUUUAGAUUUUUCACUUUAUGAGGCUGCUUACAUUGGGAGAGAGCGUUUUAAUCCUUUCCUUUGCUUAUUUCUAUCUAUUCUUCAACCCCAGCAGUCUAUGAGUGUGCAGUUUCUCAAAUUGCAUGAUAACACUUAUUUUCUGCAAUGGCAAAAUGAAUACAAUUUUUUGGUGAUAGAUGGCAAAGUCCAAUCAUUAUGUAAGGAACUUCAUUCUCCCCCAACACCUUUUAUAAUCACAUUUUUUAAUUCCACUCUAUAUUCUGUAUAUUUGCUCUUUUCUCCAGCUAUUACAGGUAUUUUAGGCAACCUGUGUGGCUACUGUAAUGGUAACAUCACUGAAAUUUGCUGAAUAAAGGCUGCCAUAUGAUUUCAUGGUGUAAAUCUAGGUAGAUAUGUCUAUGCAAAGUGUUUUCUCUGUGACCUAUUGACUUAAGAGCAUGAGGAGAAGGCUGAUACUUUGGUUUUGUUUGUUUGAUAAUAUUUUAACUUCCAAAAUCCGUAAGACAAACAGCAAAUAGUUGUGCUUCUGCUCUCUUCUUUUGCAUACUGGAUACAUAAGAGUUUGAGAUUAAGCAGAGCCAGGGAUUCCCAUGGGGUGUGGAGCUGGUAUUUAAUUUCAUUAAAAUACCUAGCUGUACAUUUGAUUUCAAAAUAUAUCCUUUGAUUGCACAUACGUAUAUUGUGUAGCAUUUGAUACUUCCAUGACUUAUGCUGGAGGAAUCCUUAUCCUUCUCAAUGACCAUCAUCUGUUCUAGGCCUCAGGAUACAACAGAUAAGCUAGGUGCCCUAACUGUAGCAAAUGACUUAUUCAGGAAAUUCAGCAGUACAGUACAUGAAUGAUCCACAAGCUCAAACUGAUGACAACAAAUGUGGCUAGCGACCUAAUAAGGUGAAAACAGGAGGCAUUCACAAACUAUUUGACUUGAUCUUGUAUGAUUAAGUGUAUAUACAUAUAUGUGGAGCAUACCUAGAUCAAAAAUCAAAGUGAUUUUAAAGAUAACAUAGUUUAUGCAUCUUUUCAGUAUGAAGAACAUAUAUCUAUAUAUAUGUAUAUAUAGAUUUGUAUGGGAUAUUGACAAAGUUCCUUUUCUAUAAAUAUACUUAAAAAAAAAAAAGUAACAUGCUAAACCACUUAUACCAAAAUUCAUGGAGAAAACUGGGAGCACUGUCUAAAGAAAUUCAUAACUGUAGUCAAGCAAAAGGUCAUAUUUUACAUUGGAAGAAUAUUUGUUCUAAUUCUAAUUGCUAUCUAACUGCAAAACAUUUCAUGGACUUCAACCUACAGCAGAGUUUGGGAAGUUUCAAACAAAGUGUCAGAGUUGCACAAACAGCUGAGACUUCAUUUCAUGACACAUCUAAAUAAGUAGAUAAUGGACUGUUUGCACUAAGAAAGAUAAGAAGUCUGGACAAAGUUUGGAAAAAUUAUGGAUAACAAUAGUUUGAUAAUUUAAAAUUAAAGCUAUAUAAGUAACUUUUUCUUUGGGCUUUAUAGAAAUGGGAUCAUUUUUAAUUAGUGCAAACACAAAUACUAACUAAAGGGAACUCUAUGGGAGCAGAAGUCCUAAAUGUAUGCAUAUACAAUCCAUCAGAAAUUCCAAAAUGUUCACUUGCAGGUCCUAAUUUGCAGAGGUUUGUUGGACGUAUGGGCAAAUGAGUGGUUCACAGACAAAAUUUGACCCAUCUUUCAUUGUAUACCACUAAUGGCUGACAUAAACGCAUGGAAGAGUUGAUGAGAGAGUUUGAGUGAAAUUAUGUUAAACCAGUAUCACAACAAUGCUUUACAGCAUUGUCCAGCACUUUGGUUCCAUUUGAAGACUUAUUUAAAAGCAGGCCCCCAUUUUCACAGGUUCUGUGAUGAUAACAGGUGUUCCUUGCCUAUCAGCAGAAAUAAACACCUGAUGGAUGCAAGGAUUUAUGUUAAAAAGUUUUCACUGGAGACAUUGUUAUUGAAUUUCUUCACAUGAGCAUUGAGGUGUUGGGUUUUUUGAAAAUAUAUUUUUGAAAAUAUAUUAGGCAUUUUCCCUAUUGGCCAAUAAGAAAAAUAAGAUGAAUGUGAU